CUGGGAUUAUUCAAGCAUCCGCCAUAUUGGUUUUGGUUUUGGGAUGAACUUAAGAAAAUAUUUCAGUUUAUACUGAAAUACUAUCAAAUGCAGCCAAAAUAGGUAUUAUUUAUACCCAAACACUUAAACUAACGUUACGCCUCAAAGCAUCCAUAACGUUAAAGAUGAAUUCUGUGGAGAAAAAGAAGAUAAAAAAGCGAAAAACGAAGAAGGGUGUUUUGACACCAAAUUCAUCGACUUGUGAACAAUCGGGGCUGCCCAAAGCGACUACAGAGGAGCUAGAUCAAAUUCAGAAAUUGAUGGAUGCUGAAGAUGUUGAUACCCCCAUCCCUGCUAUGUCUCGUGCUUCCAAUCCUUACCUUGGGGGAGAGAAAUGUUUGCUUUGUAGAUGCGACAGACCAGACCCACCCAAGGACAAAGAUAACAGUGUGAACAAAGCAGGCCAUCCAGAGAUGGGACUGUCCCAACUGCCACUUUGGGUGUGUCCUGAGUGUAAGAAAACUGUGGAAGAAGGGGUCGAUGACAAGAGGACAGCUAUGGACUCCUCAUUGUUUGACUCUGAUACUCUACCAUUCUUACCUGAUGUCAACCUAGGAGGCUUUAACUCUGAUACAUUCACUAAUGCCAACUCUUGCACAUGUGAUGCGUGCCAAGAACGCAAGCAGAUAGAAUCUGAACAUGAGCAAGAGACAGUGGAGCUCCAGCAGUGUUGGACUGAGCUCCGGGGAGUUGUACGCUGUGUAUACAGGGAGGGGGUACCUCUGCUGAGUAAAGAUGGCAGCAAAACUAAACUACCAGAUAUCAGUAAAGUAAAAGAACUUGUCCAUAGACUUGUGGCACGCGAUCCUCAUCAACUAUAUCAACGUCUGGAGUCCCAGGGUAGAGAGUAUGUCAUAGAGAUGAAAGUGAGGCUACUGAAGCAGUUAACGACGGGACACAAGACUCCGCAACAAGCCAAACAAUUUGUCUCUAUGCUAUUAGAGGAGUACUUCAAGAUCUGCACUGCUGCCAAGACUCUAGCCUCAUUUUUGCAGGAACUGGAGUUGGAGCAUCUAAAGAGGUUCAACCUGACCUGGGAAUUACAUAACAAGCACCUCUUCCAAAGUAUUAUCUACACUGACCCACUAGUACAAAACAGCCUGCCUAUGCUCAUUACACAACUGAGGCUGGGAGCAGCAUCUAAGGAAUCAUACCACGAAGAAACAUACCCUAACAUUCUGCACAAGUAUCUCAAAUUUGACGAUGAAAUGUCUGUUAUCCUUGUGGUGUGGAGAGAUUGCCAGUGUCUGCUAGAUGAGUACAAUGAAGAACAGGCAGCUUUAAAGGCAAAGCAAAAGAUGUUGAAGGAAGAUUGGGAAUUCUUCAAGCAACAGAGAAAGAUCCUCGAAGAUCAAGUACUAAAAAACAAAAACAAGAACCUCUCUCACAACAUUGAAGCUCAGUUCACAGAAACAAUGCGGCAUGUUCUACAGGGGACCAAGCCAACCAACCAGGACAAUUGUCACUGCUCUCACUGCAAUAGAAAAAAGUGUCCAUGUGAUGAAUGUACCAUAACACACAUGAUCACAUGUGGCAUUAUCAACACUGACCAAGGAGAUGGGGCACCCUUGGGCCACCCUACACAUGACCAGCUAAUAAUGGACUCAUCACGGUACAUCAUAGACGUCAAUCCUCCCUCAAUGUCUAGCACUGGCUCUAGUAGCGGCUCAUCUAGCCCCAUUAUAGUGGGGAAGGAACGCCUAACUCUCCCGUAUGAUGAACUUGAUGAUGAUGACGACUAUGAUAUCCCAGAAGAAAUCAAUGGCCAGUCAGGAGACAGCGAGAAUGAUGCAGAUAAUGAGGCAGAGUCUAGUAGAGCAGAAGACAGAACUAAAUGGAACAGAGUUGAAGGGUCAGAGGCAAAAUGCAAUCAAUCUCAGUCCGCUAACUUGGACAAUGUAUCGGUGAAAAUGCAGUCGCACCACUGCCAAUGCCAUGUAUGUGUUGUCCAACAGCAGGGUACUUCUGUACCCCCUACCUCUCUACCCACCACUGUUCCCCCAGUCUCUAUAGCCCCUCAGCCAGCAUCCCUGCAUCUCUACCCACACAUCCAUGGAGCUACAACGUUAUCCAGUUUACAGGGCCACACAAGUCAGCAUGUCAGGCCACCAUUACACCCGAACCUGUAUAACCUACACAACUCAAAUAACUUUGCAUCUGCAGCUUCCAAGAAACAUAUUGGUGACUUUGAUAGUCGAGAAGCUGAGAAUUAUAAUUACAAUACAUACCAUUGUCAGCGGCCGAAUGACGGAGGUAAAGCAGCGGUGAAUGCAGCAUUAUACCAGCAGCACAUGAGCAAUCUGAACAGCAGUGAAUUGUUGAAUGCCCCCCCUCCUCUCAUCACCCCUGGGGGAAAUUUUCUUCCCGAUCACCUACCUACGAGCCAAACUUCACAGUCUCAGCCCCAAGACCCCCAGCCCAGUAAAGCCUCUUCUGUCCCUGGUGCCCAUGGAAACCACGCCCAAGGUACUCCAUGUCGCACCGGAAAGGGCCAUACUCAUACAGAAGAAUGCUUCAAAAACCUACAGCCAAUUAAUCGAACACUGCUGAACAGGUCCCCGACGCGGUCAAAAGCGACCACACGAGGUGCUGAACCUGAAGCUCCACACUGCCAGAAGCACAACCUCCCCGGUCAUACCGUGCACUCUCAUGGUACGUUUGCAGACAGCUCUCACACAUACACCCACACCAAUGUAUCAGCUCCCACAGCACCCUCUCAGCAGCUACAAGUGAAGCUCACACCAGAACUAUUCCGCUCUGCUGCCAUCAAUGCAGCCAAAGAGGAAGCAGCUCGAGUAAGCAGUAACCAAAACAACCAUUCAGCAUGCAGUGGUCAGCGGCAUGGCAACCACACUGGACACGGCACGCCACCCCGGGGAGGAGCAUCCACAACUCCCCAACAACCACGCAAUAGCCAGCACAACCACAACUCCCAUUCUUGCAGUCACCAGCAUGGUCAACAACCACGACAAACCCAAACUGAUCAGAAAUCGGGGGGUUGUACAUCCUCUGUACAGCUUCCCUCUACUGUGAAUAACAUGAGCACUGGAACAGCAUCUCUCUGUACAGAGGCAGACUGUGAUGCACACGAAGAUAAUUAUGAUUCUGUGGACGAUUCAUGUUCAGAGCAGAGCUCUUCUACAUCUACGUCCAAUCAGAAGGAGGGAAAAUAUUGUGACUGCUGUUAUUGCGAAUUCUUUGGCCAUGGCACACCCCCAGUUGCACCCACAAGUAGAAACUACGCUGAAAUGCGUGAAAAGCUACGGGAAAGAUUACGUAAGAAAAAUGAAGCAAAGGGUGGAGAGUUAAGCUCAUGUCAGCAACAGCAACAACAGCAGCAACUUAUGCAGUGUGCCCAAACUGAGUCCCAUACACAGUGUGACAGCAGUAGCUCUAACAUCUCUGUUACUGUAAGUAGUAGCGAACCAGCGUUAGAUGAUCUACUGAAGUACAUUAAUGGUGAAGGUGAUGAUGAUGGAAAACAGCUCAGUACAAAGGCAGCUAAAAGGGCUAGGCAGAAACAAAGAAAGGCAGAGGAGAAAGCUCGGAAGGAAGAAGAAGAACGACAAAGGAUUGAGGAAGAGGAACGAUUAAAGGAGGAGGCACGAAUUCUGGAAGAGCGCAAAGCAAGACAGAAAGAAAACCAACAGAAGAAAAAGAAAAGCAAGCACAAGGACAAGGAAAACUCACCAGAUAAUAGUGUUGCAACUAGUCAGACAGGCAGUAAGGGGAGUGCAAAGGGAAACAAGGGAACCACUGAGAGUGUGAAGACUAAUCACCAGAGCUCCCAGCCCCUUAACUCUCAAGCUAAAAAAGAAGAGGUGCGAAAAGCAACCAUAUCAGACAAAGGCAACCUCAAACACGCUGAUACUCCCCAUCUGAAGCAAGCUGAGUCAAAUAAAGCACAAAAUCAAGUUCAAACUGAGCAGCACAAGGCAACCCCUGUGAGUCCUAGCAAGGUUAUCUCUGGUAGCCCUAGCAAGGUCAUCCCUGGAAGCCCUGUUAAAGUCACCCCUGGAAGCCCUAACAAGGGACAAAUCAAGAAGCUACCAAAAUCUCAAACCAAGCAGGACAGCCCACCUCUAUUAGGCAAGCAGGUUCCACAGCAGCAUCAACGUCAGCAAAAUCAUUUUCAUGAGAAAAGUCACCACCCGACAACUAUGAAGAUCGUCACAGACAUCAGUCAACAAAAUAUCAUGAAAAUCCCAACCAAUCAACAUCAUGAUAACCUGCACGAAAAUGCCAAAAAUAAGAAAUCUAUGAAGAAGCAGUUGAGUCCUCCCCAGAGUUCUGAGUCCUCAAUGGACAUGCCACGUCUAUCUAUGAAGCAACAAGCCAAUGGCAGAGGCUCUCAUGAGAUGAGGGGAUCCCAUGAGAAUGGAAGUCACCAGUUGACUAACGGGGAUGUCGAGGGGAGAAUAUCCAGCCUUGGCACCUUGCAGGAUCAUCAAAUCUCACCAAGCUGUGGCUCUAACAAGCAGAAAGGUCGCAAGAAGAAGAAGGGAUCCAAUGACAACUACAUAGAUGAGAUCUUCAUGCCCAAACAGGACCUGGAUCUUGAAAGUGGAGAGAUUGAUGAAGUUGAACGCGAGUUGGAGGAGUUCAAGAGGUUCUGUUUUGCUGAGCCGAGCAAGCCCCGUGAAAAGCUUCAAGUUAAUGUGAAUCUGAAAGAUAUCUUGACGAAGAAAUCAAAAUCUGGACUUGGUUGCGCAUAGAUAGAGUCAUCUGGGUGUUGACAUUGAUUGAAUGGAAUAAGUGUGUGGUGUAUGCUAUACGUGAAGUAGACACUUGCAAAGGAAGACAUGAGGGGCAUGGUCAGAGUCCAAUGGUUCAUUUUUGGUAUGAUCAUAACUUAUGAUUCCAAGAAAACCAUUGUCUACUUUUUGGCGAAGAAUGACUUGUGAUCAAAUCAUAAGUUACGACUGUUCCAAAAAACCCAGGGUUCUUAUCAUUAUUUAGACCAUGUUCAUCUUGGAAUUGAAACAUUAUUGUCAGAUCAUGAGAAAAAUCAAAUCAAAUUCUCUUUAUGUACUUGAGUUAUGAACUUAUUAAUUACUGAUAACCAGUGUUAUUUUAUGAGCAAGAUGAUAUCCUUGUUUUUGAUGGCGAUGAUAUCUGCCAUAUAAUUUCUUUUAACAUGCCAUAUAAUUGUGUCAUGAUUAAAGGGGAUUUACUCCAUUGAUGUAAAAUAUGAAAUGCAAGAUAAAGGACGGCAUUAUUUAAGAUUUUGGAUGUUAUCUAGUGUCGGUAACCUUUCAUCUUAGAGCAUAAGAAUGACAAAAGUAGAUUCUGUUUGCUGGGAAAUCCUGGUUUGUGUUUUGAGUAAUGUGUGUGGGACUUUUGAAGAGUAAUUGAACAAUGUUUUAGUUUAUUAUAACUAUUGACUUAAUUUAAUGAAUGAGGAACACUGUUUUGUAGAAUUAGCAUGUGAAGUAACGGUCUGCAUACUCUUGGUUGAAAAGGCAUAGAUUACAAACAUUGUUUUUGCAAAUUAAAUGUUUGUCAUGAAAAUAUGCAAAAGCAGAGUAUUGAAUCUUUAAGGGGAGUACGUAAUCAUGAGUCUUUUUAUUAUCGAACUAGCUAACGUGAAAGAUGAGGUUAAAUGUUAUGAUGACCAAACUGUAAACUGCAGUUGCAGCCUCAUUUUGAAUUUGAAUAAACGACCAACUUUUUAAUUGGUCAAUGAAUAAUCAAUUUAUGUCAAAAAACGAGACAGCCAUAUUUUGUAUGAAUGUAAAAUUACAUUAAUCGCCAUGCAUGUGUUCAUGUUAAAAUGAUCAAUUUAUUUGUUCAUAUGGUUCGUGUCAAAGUUCAGAUUUCAAUCGAUACAUCUGAUAUAUAAAGCAUGAGGGGUUUUAUAUGAGAUGACUUUAAUGUAUGUGGCGAUAUAAUACAUAACCACGGAAUGUCUGAUGUAUACUAUAUACAUGUAUAAUGGGUUUGUCCAACAGUAUAUAGUUGGAAACAAUAUGAGUUUGAAAAAUACCUGCCUGCCGUAAGUCAUAUUCGCAUCACCGAGAUGUCAACAUUCAUUUUUGCUUUAACUUCACAGUGAAGUUAUUCUAAAUAUUGAUAACUGUGCAUGUGGGUUAUGCAAACCCUGAAUUCUCCUUGUUGGUUUUAUAUGGGCAAAUAAAACUUGUGGAGUCUUUGGAUUUUGUUAGGUCUGUCUCCUUUAUGGUUGAGGGACAUGGUUGACUAUGCUGACUCUGGGUGGAGUGAUUCUGAUGGAAGAAUGUUUUGCUUUGUGUAUAAUGAAUCAUUUCUUUUGAAGGGUUUUAACCUUUCAAUUGCUGGGGAAUAAAAUUACCAUGAAUGAAA